CAAUGUCACAAAGACCACCUGUCCCAUAAAGUAUUAUUAACAUCUAUAUUAUUAGAUUAAGCACCAUAACCAUAAUAAUACCCAUCCGCUCCAUAAUAUGCUCCAUAAUAUGCUCCCUAAUAUGCUCCUUUACCAACUUAUCUUCCAUAGUAAUAUGCUCCUGCUCCUAUUGCACCACUAACAUACAGUGUUGCUAGACCUGUUGCUCCAGUUGUUGCUCAACCAGUUGUUGCUCAACCAGUUGUUGCUCAACCAGUUGUUACUCAACCAGUUAUUGCUUAACCAGUUGUUCAAGCCCCUGUUUUGUAAUAAUCAGUAAUUGCUCAACCAGUUGUUUAAUAAUCAGUUCAUGUAAGUAUUAUCAAAUCUAAAUUUUAAGGCAACAAUUAAAGGAGAAUCAAGAAUUGAAUAUAUUCCUUAUUAAAAAGCUGUUAUGGAAUAUGAAGAAUAAGAAGUUGUUUAAUAUGUUCCAAGAGAAAAGAAAGUCACAGAUUAUUAUGCAGUUGAAUAUUAAACCGAAUAUAUUCCAUAAGUCUUCUAAGAAAAAUAUACAGGUAUUAACUAUAACUAAAUAUCUAGAGUAUGUACCAGUUGACAGAUAUUAAGAAAGAGUUGAAUAUUAUCCAGUUGAAAGAUAAGUUGUUCAUGUAUAAUAUUAUACAUUACACUUUUAGCAAUAAGUUUAACCAGUAGUAUAAUAAGUUGUCUAAUAACCAGUUGUUUAAUAAGUUGUCUAAUAACCAGUUGUUUAAUAAGUCGUUCCUCAACCAGUUGUUUAAUAAGUUGUUCCUUAACCAGUUGUUUAAUAAGUUGUAUAAUAACCUCUCAGUGUUGUUUAACCAGUCUAAACUGUCCCAGUGACAUAUGCACCAUAAUAUGCUGCCCCAAUUGUCUCAUCUAGAGUUAUUCCAUCAUAUCCAUAAUAUCCAUCAUAUCCUUAAUAUCAAUAGGCUCCUUAAUAAUAAUAAGCAUAGCCAUAAUAACCACCAAGAUCUAAUUUGAAUGUUCAUUGAA